UCACGACCCGGCGAGACAGUCAGUGGACAGGAAAGCGAGAUCACGCAGAGAAACGAACCACGAACAAGACAUUUCUCUUGAUAUUUAUAUAUGUAAUUUUUUUUACUGUAACCAGCUGGCAUUUCAUCUCCGCCACCUUGACUCUAUGGUCGAGUUUCCACGCUGAAGAAAAUCAAAUCAAAUAAAAUAGAACACAGCAAAACAAACCCCAUCAGUCAUCGGACAUCAAGUAGAAAGUGAGCCCAGACUGAGAGAGUGGACUUUCCGCCGCACGGAGUUUUUUUUAUUAUUAUCAUUAGAAAUUAAUUUUUUUGUUUUGCACAGAGCUGUUUCGGCGAGAUCCAGAGGAGCUUAUCUCCUGCAGACUCCGCAUCUCUCUGCCUCUGUAGCUGACUCAUUUCUCUGCGCCCGGGACCAUGGCGGAGUACAGCUCUCUGCUCAGCGACCUGUCUGAAAACAUCACCAACGAGGACUUGGAGCAGCUCAAGUCGGCCUGCAAGGAGGACAUCCCCGAGGACCAGAGCAACAACAUCACCUGCUCCAAGGAGUGGUUCAACUACCUGGAGAAGAACGACAAGCUGGCCCAGGAUAACCUGUCGUACAUCGAGCACAUCUUUGAGAUCUCGCGGCGACCGGACCUGCUGACGAGGGUGAUCGAGUACCGCACCACCGUGCUGAAGAUCUCCGAGGACGACGAGAUCGACACCAAGCUCACGCGCAUCCCCUCCGCCAAGAAAUACAAAGACAUCAUCCGUCAGCCCUCUGAAGAUGAGAUCAUCAAGUUGGCCCCUCCACCCAAGAAAGUGUGAGGUCGUGGUCGCCCUCCCCCGACCGCUGCACCUUGACCUCCUCACCCUGGCACUCCAAUCGACCGACCGACCGACCAUUUCCGAUCGCCCCAGCCGCCCCUUCCACCUCUUCACACGCACACACACACACACACACACAGUCACACACACAGUCACACACCCCCGGCCGUGACCCUCACCCUCACCCCCCUCUGCACUAACACGCCAUAACACCGAACCGCAAGCAGCCACCCACCAAGCAACCAAUCAGAUCGCAGCGAUGCACCUCACCCGCCUCCUCCCAGGCUGAGGGGAGAGAGGAGGCUGUGGAGAAAAAAAAAAAAAAAGACAUUAGAGGAAGAAAUCGGGGGAUGGACAGAGAGUGUGUGUGCAAGAUGGAAAGAGAGAGAGAGAGAGAGCGCCAAAGUCUACCCUCUUUUCAAAAGCUGAGUGAGUGUGUGUGUGUGUGUAACCUGUAACUCCUGUUCUGUAAUGCUGUGUUUAUACGACUGUGCUCAUGUGUGUGUGUGCGCGCGCGUAUGUGUGUGCGUGUGUGUGUGUGUCAAGUUUAGUCAAGGUUAUUAUAGCUGACAGAAACAAAGACUAAAGCAACCCACGAACAAGUUAAAACAUCAAAAUAAUAAAAAAAAGAAGAAGAAAUUAAACAAGUUUUACUGUACGUGAAAACGAGUAGGGGAUAGACACGGUAACCACACACAAAACAAGAGCUGUAUCUUUUUGUCGAUAUAUUUAAUAGCGUAAGGUAAUUCAACAAUGCUUACUCGUGCGGUUUUAUUACCUUGGGCGUCCAGCGUAGAUAGAUACUUCCGUCGAAAUGCUAAAACCGAAACUUAACACGACAACCGCUGUCCGGGAGGAGAAGGGAAACGGAAAGUAGCAAGUGUGCCGAAACUCAGAAAACUGAAAAAAUAAAAAAACGAAUCAAAAUGUUAACCAGUUCCUUUCAGUGAGGGAUGCGUCCCCCCCCCCCUGUGUGCUGUUCGCUCGGCUCCUUGAGUUGAUGAGACAAAAUAAUGCGAAAAAAUAAGAAAACGUUGUUACCGAUUGACCGGCCUUUCCUGCUUCACUUCGGUUCAUAUCGUCCUGCCACGAGGUCGCCGUCGCAUCCGCACGCGCAUCCUUCCGUCAAAAUUAAAAAAGGGCAUGACAGUCACACUCUUCCUCUGUCGGAGGUUUGCAUUCCCUUUACUCUUACUCAGAUAUUUGCAUCAUGAUUUUAAGAGCAAAAAAUAAAUAAAUAAAUAAAUAAAUAAAUAAACAAGUCAAGUAUUCCAAUUUGAUUUUCAUAGGAGAAGCCAAUAUUUGCCUUUAGCCUAUAGUCAUGGAUUUAUUACACGAAAAAAAUCUUUGACCGGAAAGUUCCUGUCUGUAGGUUGUUUUUUUUUUCCAUCAUGGGGACCAGAUGAAACUAAAAAAAAAAAAAGUGUGAACGUCUGUAAUCUGAGCUGACUGUGCUAGAGAUGUAAAUAUGCAAUUAAUAUAUUAAACAAAAAAAAAAAAUAUUUAAGAAAUAAUAUAUUUCCGUUCAUUAGAGAACACUCUGGUCCACGGUUCAGACCGACUCUAGCAGCAAAAUUUGUUUUGUUUUGUUUUUUAAUUUUUUUUUUUUUUGCCAAGUUUGACUUUGUAAUCCACUCCAAUCUAAUCCGCAUUAAUCUGACUUUCCUACCGCCUUGACGACCUCAUUCGCAGAUUCACUGUCCCUCUAAGAAUGACGAAAAAAAAAAAAACACUUUUGGGAGCUCUGUGUCAAAGUAUGUUUACUUUUAAAAUUAGAAAACACAGAACUAUAUUUUGAGAGGAUGUAUUGGAUAUUAUAUUUACUGUGUAAAAAAAAAAAAAAAAAAAAAUAGAUGUGUGUGUAUGAUAGAUAAAGCGACAAACACUAAACUUUCCUCCACACUCGUGUUGCUAUCUCAUCCGUUGCAAAGACAAUAACUCACAUCUGUGGUCGGUGACUUCCUGCAGCGUGGACGAGGACGAGCUGAGGCUUCUAGAAAUUCAAAAAUAUAUCAAUAAUAAUACAACAAAAAAAAUAAUAAUAAUAAAAAAAAUCGAAGAACAGGAAGGGAGAAAACGUCAGAAGGAAAACAAGGCGUGUGAUAAUGAAACAUAUCCUUUAAUAAGCUGUAUAUAUACAGUAGAUUGUUAUGUGGCUCAUAAUUUCCAUAUCAGAAACCCAUGUUUUAUAUAAAUAUAUAUAGCGAGAAUCACUGAUGCACAUGACGGUUCAUAACCCGCUGACUAUGCCAUCAUCAUCCCUGGUGCGUUUGAAUCGCCUCAGCAACGACACGCCAACGAAAUAGCGAGCAAGACUGUUGAAAUUAACCUAGAAUAACAACUUCUCUUUCGAACACUGUGUCCCCCCCCUCCUCCCCCUCCUCCCCCUCCCCCUCCACACGACGAAGCCUUAGCAGACUUGACCCCAAAACGGAGAAUUCGCCAGAACUGUGAGAGACGGCGGCCGUCCCGCACGUCGACCAAUCAGAAACGGCUCUCGCUUUUUUUUUUUUUUUUUUUUUUUUUUUUGUCUCCAAGAGAGCGCGACUUUUAACUCGGAGAGAAUUUGCUAAGGACUGUCGGUGUGUGCAGAGUGUCUGCGGGUGUGUUUCCGAGUAAAGCCCAACCCACACCCCGCCUUCUUUGUUGUCCUCAAAGCUGUAGGAUCUUAAAAAAUACAAAAAAUACAAAAAAAAAAAAAAUCAAAAAUGACCCAAGAGCAUUAAAAGCCUGUCGCCUGUCACUGUUGCGAGUCAUUUCGCCCUCCCCCAUGUCCCGACACACCGCCGCCGCCACGCUCCACUCUAUCCCAGUGCCAAUGACUAAGACUUUUAUUUUGAUCACAGUUUUUGGUGAUCUAGGGGUUUUAUUAUUUUUGUUUGUUUGUUUGUUUGUAUUGCUCGCCGUAUCUAUUGUAGUGUUGGACUGAUUUGUAUCCUAUGCAUUUGCGUUUGUAGGAAAACUCUGCACUGUAACAUAUCCUCUCAACAAAUCACAGCAUCAGACGAGCUGAACUGACGAGUCAGGGUGUGUGUGUGUGUGUGUGUGUGUGUGUGUGUGCGACUUGGCUACCGUUUCCUGCCAUUCCUGUUCACUGUUGCACGCUGGAUGUGGUGGGUGGUUAGUGGCUCCGAUUGUUUAUCUGGAAUUGAAGUGCUCGGGUUUCGACAGGUAAAUCAGUUUCAGGUUUGGUGACAUGACAUCGAUUGUUCUACACUGGGGAAAAAAAAAAAUCUAACAGCCGAGUACAUCGGUCAGUUUUCCUUGUCCACCGGCAAUGGUUCGGCUAGACUUUUCAGUUUUUCAGACGGCGCGCAUUUCAUUUUGGCGUGAAGCUUGUUGGUUAAUAUGCAUAAUUAUAGAUUUGUUGCUUUAAGGAAAAAUCCACCCUGAAGUAUUUUAACAACUGUUGAUGUGUGUUACAUUUCUGGGUCUGUUUUGUUUGCUGCCUGGUGUGUUUUUUUUUUUUUUUCAAAUUUGUGGCAGAAUCUGCCCAAAUGUAGGUGAUAUCAUGUUGAGACUGAGAUUUCCCGCAAGUACAAUGGAAUUUGACAGCAGAAAUUUUUUUUCAGCUCUUUGUCCUUGCAGCCAAUUGUUUUGAUGUGAGCGUCUCAAAAGGAGCAUUCAUUUCUUUCCAGGCUCACUAUUUUAACACCAACAUUCAAUCACACAGAGAGAGGAAGAGAUUAAAAAAGAAGUACAAGGCAUUUUGUGUUUUGACAAAAAAAAUAUAAUUCACUUGUUCUCAAAUGGAAAGACUCUCUCUAGCAAUAUUGCUCCAUCCGCUUCCAUGUAAAGUCUGCAGAUAACACUGGAAGCCGGGAGUCAUUUACAAACUCUUUGCAUUCAAUUGAGCACCAAGGCAGAAAAACACAACAGCUCCUGGUGAUAAAAUGUUUCACAACUAUCACAAUUUAAUGUUCAAAACUCACUUUUAGUCUAAUUUUGGAGACAAACUGGACAGGAUUCAGGAUUCAGGACAACUGCUCCUAAUUUGAGAUUGUCCCAAAGUCUGGUCACCCUACUGUAUAUGUUGCCAGAUCUUUUGACUUCAGUCCCGACUUCCCAGUUAUAAUCAAACGCAGCAUUCUGGGAGAUUAAACUGGUAGAAACAAAGCGGCUACACCAGAAAAUUAUUCCUGGGAUGCACCGAACAUCAGAGGUCGGUGCAUAGGCAACUUAAAGAGUGUGUUUGGGUGGAUUUUCCCUUUAAGAGCUCAGGAUAGCCCGUGCUAGGCCAGACCCCACGUGAAGCGGUGGCUGCCCUCCCCGGCCUCGAGCCUCUGGGACACAAAGCGGGACGCUGCACCAGUCGCAGAGCUGAACACACACACACAGAGAAAAACAUUUAGCAGGCGACGGGAGGCGGUUCUCACUGCUAUGACCUGUGGGUAAAGGUCUCGAACACCGGAAAAGGGAUUUUGUUUUUUCGGAUCGACCGAGCCGCGCCACACACCAUCUCCAGCGAAGAACGGUUCCACAAACCAAAAGGCAGGGUUUAUUUUGUUGUUGUUUUUUUUCUGGGGAGGGGGGAUUCCUGUUUCGUCUAGAUCUCAGCAUGUAUGUAGACUAUUGUACAAAUAUCUGCAAGGGAGGAUUUGUUGUUUUACUGUAUUUUUCUUUCUUUCUUUCCUUUUCUGGUCUUCUUUUUUCAUUUGAAGUGCUUUUUGAAUAGCAACUUGUGAAUUUCGAUGUUUGUGACCAAGUGACUUUUUGUUUUUUUGUUGUUGUUUUUUUUUUUUAUUAUUUUUUUUUUUUUGUUCUGAAUUUCAGUAGGCAAUGGACUGUCAUGUCUUAGCGACUGUGUGGUAGGUUGUCAGUAGUAGUUUGACGGUAGGGUUGCCCAUGCGUAUCCAUAAACGUCACUUUAACACACACAAAAAAAAAAGGAUUUAAAAAAGAAAAAAUAGUGAUGCGCUCCAGUCGAAGCCCCCCGGUGUGAAAGCUUCACUUUAAAAAACGAACCUCGGUGUCGGGAAGUGAUCCGCAUCCGGUUGUUCGUCUUCUUGCCGUGCGUGUCCGUUCUACUACGGAUCGACUCGUGUCCAAGUUCAAAUGUGGUGUAGAAUAUCUACCUUUGAUCGUGCUGCACCCCGUAUCCCCCCUCUUUUUUUUUUUUUUUUUUUUUUGUUUUACCUUCAUGUUCUGAUAUACAGUCACCAUGGUAACCUUGGCCCCUCUGACAUCAUCCCCAUGCGGAUUAAUCCUCUGACGUUUCUGCUUACAUGUGACGUAAAAGGUCCAGCCACGAGGCUCUUUGUGAUUCUAUGUUUAUCUAAUCACUUAAAAAAAAAAAACACAUACAUAUAUAUAUAUUUAUAUAUAUGAUACAUGUUUGGCGUUGCUUAGCGUUUUUUCUGUAGCCACCGGCACAUAAUAUAUCAACAUAUCAGUUGCAAAAGAUGAUGUCAAAUUUGGAUUUCCAUGUACCGAGUACAUAUCAACUUAGUAAAUGCUGCAAAAGUGAAAACAAAACAAAAAAAAUACUAAAAUAUACGCGUAUUUAUGAUGAAUACCUGAGUAUAUCCGAGACAUAGAUAUAGAUAAGCAUAAAAUGAAGAGGCAUAUAUUGUGUAAAGGUAAACAGCAUGUAAUGAUUACAGUCAACUAAAAAUCAUGCAUACUAGAGUAUCAUUUUCCCUGAAGGAUGGAGACUGUGUGGGUUUUGUUUUGUUUCUCCGAUUAGGUUGUAAAUAUGUAUUUUGAAAUAUAUAUCGGUGUGUUUGUUUUUGAAUUGAUUAAUUUAUUUAAUGCCUAUAUAUUGUUGUUUUUACGUAUCCUGAUUAUGUUUACUAACUGGAAACAAUUGGAGGGGAUGAACAUGUGUUGCUUAUACUAAUGUUGAACUGAUAAUACAGACAAACCAUGCAUCAACACUUUUAUAUUUCAUGUUAUUCUCCUCAUCUAUGUUUUGCGGUUUCCGCUUGGGACGAUGAUUUAAAACACAACAAAAAAACAAAAAAAACUAAGGAAAAACUUUCAUUUCAUUAUGUUAUUACUUAUAUGUAACAUAUUAUUAUGUUUUAUCGUUGUUGUAUUUUGAUUAGAUGUGUCGUGGUCACUUCUUGUACAAUGAUUUAGUCAGAGAGUUUCCAAAUCAUGACAAAAGACGAGGCGCCGAGUCGUGAUCUGCCUUUCACGGCGCAAAAAGCGAAAUGUGACUUGCACGUCUGACAAAGUGCAGGAGGGCAGAAAGCGCCGGCCGGGGCACGGGUGUUACGAUCGUUUCAUAAUCUAUGGGAAAUAAAUAAAAAAUCCUGCACGUUUUGAUCCCCCAUGUUCACUUGAUCACGGUCCUGUGGGAGGAGCUGAUAUAGGCUUUCGGCCUACAACACUUUUUAUUUUUGUUCAAUUGACGAACCUCAUCUGGACGAUAAGCAGUAACUGUAGUUGCUAAUUUCAUUUUUUCCUCUUUUUCUUCUUCUUCUUUUUAGAUCUAGCUAUAGCUACAGUGUAAAAGGUGUUAAUGAGUGGAUAAAGGGCAAGUGGAGUAGAGUAGUGAAGGAACUGAAGAGUAGUUUGGGAGUUUUAGCCAAGUGGAGAGAAUAGCUGUGAAAGAUUAAAAUUUCCUGCCGAGCGGCCAAUCCGAUUCCUCCGCUGAAUUUUAUCCUGAAUCCAGCGGAGGAAUCUGACUGGCCGCUCGGCAGCUCAUAUUGUUCUGAAUGUGGCAGGUCUUGCACAGGAUGCUGUACAACGUGGACGCUCAGUCGGUGAACGGAGUUUUUUGCGAUGUGAGAAUGCGGAAAUGCGUGGCUUUUAUUUUUUGCGAUCGUUUGCACCUUUUGACCGAGAGGAAGCGAGGAAAUUCCCUGAAGAAUUGUGCACAAGCUUGUUAAGCGUAGCUGCUCACACCCCUUCUAGAGCUACAUUGCAAAAAUGUGUUUGGUUUGUUUUGUUUUUUUUUUCCUUUGAAAAAUGAAGUUUACAUUUUAUGCACAAGAAGCAAGCUUUCAUGUCGAAGGUAAAAGUGCCAACUUUCUUUCAUUUGCAAACUGCUGGGGGGGAGGGGAGACUUGAAAUCAUGGUAAUUGAUAUUUGUGAUAUUUGUAUUGAACAAUCUCUAUUUAGACGGUCACGGGGAUUUGAAGGUGGCUCGGACCAGGUUGGCCGUUUUCUAAAGUGAGUGCAUUUCUUGCAGUAGUAAACUGUAGAGGCUAUUUUGAAGUGUUGUGUUUUCAAUGCAAAGGUUACUCUGAAUAUUGUUACUGGAGUGGUUUGAUUUGUCACUGUGAGUGGAGGUUUAGCAUAAGGUGGAAAAAAAAAUCCAUUAGUGUGCUUUGGUUUAGGAUUAGUCUAGACUGUAGGCAUCUAACCAUUUGAUCUAACAUGACGGGCGUUUGUAGAUAAGAGGGGGUUUCUACAGAGGUGUUGGAGACCACUUGAAGCGUUACAUUCCAAAACAAGAUCUCCCAAGUGAAAUAAAAAAAUAAAGAAAAAAAGCACUGAAAGUUACUGUACCUUUAUAAAAUGAUGGCGGAUUUGUUGUGGCUCAGUAUGAAUCAUUUUAAAGAAAAAACAGAGGAGACAAACAAAAAACUACUUUUAAGGACGAAAUCAUCUGUGUUUUCAAAAUACUGAUGAAUCUGAGGGGAUGACAUUUUUCCUGAAAAUACAAAUGCGGCGUUUUGGAAUGAAACACUUCAUUUUCAGCUGCAAAUGCGUCAGACUACGAGUUCAGGAGUGGUUAUCCACUGUAGUCGGUUUCCUCAGCCGGUGUGGAUUCUCAACGAGAGGCAAGAACGUGAGCUACAGUGUCAAAAUAAAUAAAGAAAUAAAAGAAAUAAAUCUGUUCAGAUGUUUCCCAGCAAUGAAACGUGCAGCUGAAGCGCCAUUGCUGGGGCAACUUUGACCUGUACAUCACCGCCUUAAGGAUGAGUUAGUAGGUUGUUUUCUCUCUAGUUCUCUGCCUAUCUGUCUACUGUGUGUGUCCUUCUGUAACGUGUUUAGAUCACAAAAAUGUCCGUGAGUUAUUAGUUUGGUGGGGCUCCUGUUGUUCCAUACGUUCAGUCCAGUCCAUCAUAUCAGUCGAGAGCUGCUGCCCACACACAAACGCAGAUGGACGGGGGUUAAGUGACGUGCACGCAUUUGAAUUCGGCCUAAGACGCUGAAGUGAUCCAGUUUUGUUUUGGUUUGUUUUUUUUUCCUGAUGACAAAAUAGCUGGUGUCAAUCUGAGAAAGACGACCGGGGCGAGGAUGUGAUACUGCGCGCCUCACCGUGCAGCAAACAGUGUCGCUGCUGCAUCCACUUGUGCGUUGAUUACAUACAGUGCAUAACAUCACCCCACCGGAUGCCAUGGGCUCAAUGCUGUUAGAAACUUUUGCUAAGGUUUCCCUCUCACGGGGUAAGAAGUAAUUCAGGAUUUAUUUUGCAAUGACUGCAACAAAAUAUGGUAUUAGGAUGUGUAUUGUUAAACAAAUACCUACAAGGUGUGGCUUUUUGUCAUGAUUUAAAUGAGACUGAACUGAAAUGAUGCCAUUUUGUCAUUGUGCUAAAAUGAAUAUAAAUAUUAUAUUAUAUAUUAAAAUAUAUUUGCUAACCUA